AUGGCCCAAACUCACAGUAUCCUCGUCCUACCAGGCGACGGCAUAGGCCCCGAAGUCAUGGCCGAAGCAAUCAAAGUCCUGAAAGCCUUCGAAACCCCCUCACACAAGUUUGAGCUCCGUCAAGAAUUAAUUGGCGGCUGUAGCAUCGACGCAACCGGUAAAUCCGUCACGGAAGAAGUCAAGCAAGCGGCUCUUGCCUCGGACGCCGUGCUCUUCGCCGCGGUUGGUGGACCCAAAUGGGAUAAUGCUCGUCGGGGUCUAGAUGGACCCGAGGGUGGGUUGCUACAGCUUCGCAAGGCAAUGGAUAUUUAUGCGAACCUGCGACCGUGCUCGUCUAGUUCUCCUAGUGCAUCGAUUGCAAAGGAGUUUAGUCCGUUCCGGCAUGAGAUUCUCUUCGGUUCUGGGAAAGAUGGCGAAGCAGAGGGUGUGGACUUUGUGGUUGUUAGGGAGAACUGUGGUGGUGCCUACUUUGGAAGGAAAGUAGAGGACCCAACUUAUGCGAUGGACGAAUGGGGUUACUCCGAAGCCGAAAUCGAACGAGUCACCCGUCUCGCUGCAGAAGUUGCUCUUCGCCACAAUCCCCCAUGGCCAGUGAUCUCUCUCGAUAAAGCAAAUGUCCUGGCUUCAUCUCGCCUUUGGCGUCGUGUGGUCGAAAAGGUCAUGACCACCGAGUACCCACAGCUUAAGGUGGUCCACCAACUCGCCGACUCUGCAUCUUUGAUCUUGGCCACAAACCCAAGAUCCUUGAAUGGAGUCAUUCUUGCGGAUAACACCUUUGGUGAUAUGAUAUCCGACCAGGCGGGCUCAAUUGUCGGGACAUUGGGAGUGUUGCCGAGUGCUAGUCUUAAUGGCUUGCCAGGUGAUAAGUCACUCAAGACACGACCAUAUGGAUUGUAUGAGCCAACACAUGGCUCAGCUCCAACUAUUGCUGGAAAGAACAUUGCUAAUCCCGUCGCAAUGAUCUUGUGCGUUGCACUAAUGUUCCGGUACUCCCUGAACAUGGAGGCAGAGGCGACGCGCUUGGAAGAUGCAGUGCGAAAGGUGCUGGAUAAGGGGUUGCGUACACCUGAUUUAGGGGGUACGAUGGGCACAAAGGAGCUAGGAGAUGCUAUUGUGGCCGAGUUGUAG